UAGUCGAAGCAUCACAACGACGCACCACACAUGUCGCCCACCAACCAAGAACACUCACGUGCUCAUUGCCAUUGUCUACGCAGGCGCCGCAGCUUGGCUCGUUCAGGCCGAAUGCUUGAGCCGUUCCAACUCUGAGCACUGCUGCUAUUGGCGCCGCUCGGCCAAUGGUGCUGGAUCAAGCAAACACCGCAGACCGGAGAUGUCGCGUCUGCGUGCCGAACCGUCUGAGCAUACAUAAGCUGCACCUGACCGUCCGAUCUUAGGGCUGCACAUCACUUGGGGUAUAAUAGGGCCCCCGCCGUUCCCCGCACUCUCCAGCCCAGGAUACCGUAGCGCCAGCCGCAUCUUAACCGCGCCGCCAUGCGCGCUUCAAUCUGAUCAUCAGCCCGCAGCGAACAGCCAUGCGUUCUGCAAGCGUGUCAAUCGCGGGUGCCUCCCAUGUCAACUUGGCGGAAAAUGUCUUGUACAUUGAUGUCUUUUCAGAUGCGAAGCAUGUCUACUCGGCAGGAGAUAUUGUUCACGGCAGCGUUCGCAUUGAUCCAACUGCACGGCCCCAAAACGUGAGCAUCGUCUUCAAGGGCAUCUCGAUCCUCUACGACAAGAACUAUGAAGCGUGCAAAACCGAGUUCUUCCGACUCGAGCAAGAGCUAUUCACAUCCUCCGGUACCGGCGAGAACUACGAUAUCCUACGCCAAGGCACCGCAUCGGAUGGCAAAGUCGAGCUUCCGUUUCAAUUCACCUUCCCACAUGUAGCGGUCCAACCACCGCCCGCGGGGCGGAAAUGGAGUUACUCAAAAGAUUCUUAUGGUCAUCCCCGGUUCCAGCAUUCACCAGGGUUUCCGUUACCUCCAAGUUGCACCACGUUGAUGAACACGGAUGUGGCCGUCUCGCCAGGCGUCUCGUACUAUCUCGAGGCUCGGACUGAUACCUCGUUAAGAAUAAGACAACAAGUGUUGUUCAUGCCCCCAGCACCAGAAUACGACCUGUCCCUGCUACAGCCCAACAUUGAAUUCGGCACCGCGCUGCCCAAGCAACACUGCCGCUACAAGUUCAUCCGCACACGCAAGCUCCUCCCAAACACCAAGGAAAAAGGCGGCAAGCUAAGCCGCGUGAAAGACUUCCUCGUAGAGAAAGAGCUCUUUUUCGGCCUGGAAACCUUCAACGAAAUCCCCUUCUACCGCUUCAACGUCAUCGCCACGCCCCCACGCGUCAUCGUCCUCGGCGCCCCCUUCCCCAUCCACACCACCCUCCAACAACUCGACCGCAGCGCCUCCGUCCCGGAGCCGCCCCCCCUCUUCCUGCGCCGCGUCCGCGUCCAGCUGCUCUCCACCUACGAAACCUUCGUGCCCCAGCCCUCCAACUCCGUCACCCGCGCCCAGGAACACACCGACAGCGCGACCCGCACCACGACCCUGUUCGACCGCAAAUUCGCCGCCGCCGACGCCGAACCGCUCACCGACGCCCUCGACCUGUCGGCCUUUGGCGACACUAUGCUCGCGCCCUCCGACACCCCGAGUUUCUCCUCCUACGGGCUCACGCUCGAGCACGCCCUGCAGGUCGAGAUGUGGGGCGAGUGCGUCGGCAACGAGUGGUCCGGCAUCGUGUGCAAGGCCCGCGUGCAGGUCGUGUCGGCGUGGACGUUUGGGCACGCGCCUGAGGAGCUGGGCGACGCGGUGAGGUGUGCGAGGCCGCCGGAGGUGUUUCCGCCGCCGGAGUAUGAGACGGUGUGAUCAGUAGAGGGGGAGGGGGGGUCAAAAGCGAAAGGAGGGGGGGAAGGUGUAUCUACAUC